AUUUAUCUGAAAAUUAGAACGGGAACCCUGGUAAAUCGUUCCGCUAGUUUGCCCGUGUGUUAAUUUAAAUUCUAUCAAUCACAACGCUGUCAGUAUCAGACACUGUAAAUUUAAUAGAAAACUUUUCCGACUGUGGUACGGUAGAUAACGCCAAUCUCGUCAGGGACGCGCAAAAAAGAUAGCACCUGCAGUUUGAACGAGAAAGUAUCAAGCAAACAUCUGUUUAAACGCUUCUCGCGUUGCUUCGCGUCGUCCUGUACAUCGACAGAAAUGUCAAUAACUGUAUGUGAACGGUGAAAAUCGGUGGGACUAACUUUUACCGUGACGUCGCUGACAUUCAAUAACAGCGUUGCAAAAGAGAACCAUCUACAUGUAUACCCAUGAAUAAUUGAUUCAUCCAACUCUGGGAAUUUCUUUCUUCGGCUAUAAGUCUAAUGAAAAUUAUAUUUAUACCAACUAUCCCUAUAAGUUUCGUACUCAUGGAUAUUACAUCGAUUUCUCCAUGCUCAUCGCUCUUAGAACACUAAUGUUAAAUGACAACGAAUAUAACCGAGACGUAACUACGCCUUGACUCUUGCCAGACUUGCCAAGUUUAUGUAGGUAAUCGGAUCAAGGUGCACUACGAAAGAUUAUUAAAAGACGAAAACGAAAUCGAACAUUUUCGUGCUCACGACUGACCGACUGCCAUAGUCGCGUGACUGCGACACGCCGUCAGGAUGAUUACCCCGAAAUAUCAUAUUACAUUGAAAGACUGUGCGCUUGGAAUAUUAUAGCGUACACGUUCGAGUCUCGCUUAUUGAUUCGAUUGAUCUUCGCGCAUAAAAGAAUCAACCAUUGCUUUAUAAAUGUAACCGUUCAUUUAUUUAAUGAACUAUGAAAUUUCUCUGAGCCUUGCUAUGAAGAAUGACGAGCAGUUCGAGAUCGCCUCAUUACGGGCUUGAACCUAACCUUGAACAAUCUCGGAUCGUAAGUCGUUGAACUUGUUGCGAAACCGGUUGUCAUCCUGAAGGGGUAAAAAAAGUCAUACUUUAUAUAAAAAAAGAAAAGAAUUGACAUUGAACCUAAAGUGCACUUUACACUUCUCUACUGAAAAUUCAUUGUAUUAUUAAAUAAAAAUAAGCACAGGGAAUAUAAUAUCACGGAACUAUUCUUUUAAAACUUCACGAGUACCCUACAAAGACUGACGCCACUGUCAGGAGUGCGAACGUCAGAAGGGGCGGCCGAUAAAAAGGAACUCAACAGGAUUCCUUGGAUUAUUCCAUGUAAUUAUGUAUGCACGAUACGUCGACAUCAACACUGUCGUGACCGAUGUAUACGUCCUACACUCUCUACGCAAUAUUAUUGACGACAUACUUUGUUCUACCCUGUUUGUGCAAUUUAAUCACUGACGCACCAUAUGCGUCGUCGUAUAUUAAUUUAAGAUUAAAGCGAAGAAUGAGUAGUUUACGUGUUACAUAAAUGCGUGAUAUGUGAAUAGAAGGAGAAAAUGAUGCUUUAUUAUGCAAUGAAACCCUUGUCUCGUCGUGCACGUGUACUGGAGGGUCCUUACCAAAAAGCCGAAUUCGCCGUGCGGUUACGGUACCCCACGCACCGUAACCGGAAUGAGAAGCAGGUGACAAACGAACGGAUCGAUGCAUGAGUCAGAAUCCUUAUUCCAAUGUGCCUCGCAUAUCAACGCGAUCAUUAAAUUUAAUGAACUACAGAAAUUUAGCCAUCGAUUCAUUUCUAAAGCAAGGAAGAGAAAAAAAAAGAACAGACAUCGUUCGAUGCGAAGAGAAAACAAAAGCAUAGGGAGGUUCUGACAUAUGUCAAAAUUCCUAGUCUCCUUACAGACGUCUUAAUGCGGUAACCCCUACAAAAAAAUAAACACAACAAAAUCACUGAUCAUUGCGAGCGAGGAUAUAAUUAAGGAUAACGUGUCGAAAAAUAAUGUGAGAACAUGCACGAGUACCAAUGCCAGAAAUGGAAAGGCAACGAGAAUGGACGAGGUUGCAAUUACUCCGGAACCCAUUAGGAAGAGCGCCAGAAUCGGUAACAAGUGUGACCGGAAAUCGGUGGAGACGAUAUCGUUCCCGACGUCCGGAAUCGCGCGUUUGCCGGUGGAAAUCAUUUUCGAAAUUCUUUCUUAUCUCUCCAACGAGGACCUUUACGCGGUCGGUCAUGUGUCCAAGCUCUUCAAGAUACUCGCUCAUGAUCCCUUUCUAUGGAGAACUUACGAGGUGACGAACGACGGGCAAGAUACAUCCGAGGUGAUCAAGGAGUUGAAGAGGAUGCCGUUGCUGAAGAAAUUCAGCAUAAGCGCCAGAUCGGACUGCGACGACAUACUGCGUCAUGUUUCGUUGUCGAACAAAAGCCUGGAAGAACUGCACGUUUCUAACUGUACAGAUAUGCCUGACUCGCCCUGCGUCGAUGAAAAACGCAAGAACGAUGAAAGAGAAAGAGAUACGACGAGAAAAUGGAACAACAAAGACGGGCUGGGAGGUUUUUGGCUGCGUGUCAAGCAAGAAAAAGAGCCGCACCACUCUGCUUUCGCUAUGUUCCCUCUAAUGGUGCAUCGUGCUUUCUCCUCUUUUUGCACGCCGAUUAGGUUCCACCUCGAAAUUGUAUCUAUGCUCGGGCCACCUGAUCCGGGUACUGGAGAGGUGCCGUAAGUUGCACACGAUCAAUAUACUCGGGAGCAGAUUCCGAGGUCGUAAGUUCUAUCGGCUAUUGGGCGACAUGGGUCCACGGCUUAGGACCGUCUACGCUCCAGCCACUAGAUCGCAGUUCUGCACGUUCAUCAAGCACGCCCGGCUGA